CGGGUGGGGGGCUGUGGUGGGCGUCAGAGGUGGUGUGAAAGGUUGCAGGAGAAGAAAGGGCCAGUCUGAGAUGGCUGCAGACUGCUGGUUCCAAGUCUAGGACACUCGGAAAAAGGAAAACGAUGGAGACAGGAAACAGAUCGGGGCUUGCGGGGGGUUGGGUGCGUCAGUGCCACACAGACGUUUUUCAGGGCAGGGAAACUCCUCUGCGUGACUCCACAGUGGUAGAUCCGUGUCAUCCUGCGUUUUUCCAGACUCAACAGAGCGUGCGGCAGCGGGAGAGCCCAGUGCACGCUGUUGACUUGGGGUGAUAGUGACCCGUCCAAGGAGGUUCAUUGACUGUAACAGAUGCAGGCAGUCACGCAGGACCUUCCUGAUCGGGGACCCGGGAGGCUUUCUGCUGACAGCGUUCAGCUUGGCAGGGAUGUGGCCAGUUUCUGACCCUCAGCCCGAAGGUAUCCUGUCUCCUUCCCGGUGGGAUCAAGGUGCAGGCCCCCGGAAUGUCAGCUCAUCCUCAUUUAAAGUUGCCCGUCCCCCUUUUCCACCGCCCUUCUUUUCUUGUUCUAAAUACGAUUGCAAACAAGCGCAGUUAUCACAGUGAGCAGUGGCAGAGAAGACGAGAUCCUGGAUGCCCACUGCAGCUUAGCUGUAUUCUAGAAACUCCUGAAGUUUGGGGAGGGGCGGAGAUGCCGGCGCGCUUUGAUGCCGGGCUGCCGGGAUGUCUGGGCUGCGGUGCGUGUUUGUGGAGGUGCAGCUGCACCUGGCGUGCCCUGCGCUCUGGAGGGGCAAGCCGGAGCCGGCACCGAGCCUGCAGCCAGUUCUGGUGUUGUGUGGGGGGGGGGGGAUCCUCACUUCUCGCGGGGAGCGCCUUCGCCUGGGUCCCCGAGGCCGUCCCCAGGCUCUCCUCUCGGGGACCUGUUGAUGCCCGCUCCGCCCAGGCUCUCCUCUCGGGGACCUGUUGAGGCGCGCUCCGCCCAGGCUCUCCUCUCGGGGACUUGUUGAGGCGCGCUCCGCCCAGGCUCUCCUCUCGGGGACCUGUUGAUGCGCGCUCCAGGGCGAGCCACGUGACGGCUGCCGCGGUGCAGAAAGCGCCCCCUUGCCCGGCCGCCCGGCCCAGCCGAACGGGGAGAGGAGAGAAGAGGACCGGAGGGAGCGGAGGGCAGUGCGGGGAGCGAGAAGGAGGAGAGGAGAGCAGCGCCGGGAGCAGCCGGGUCUGCACAGUCGCGGGUCGGGAGACGCGGCCGCCCCCACCCCCGGCGCCAUGCGCCCUCCUCAGCCUGAGGAAUGCGCGCGGCGCGGGCCCCGGCCCCAGAGCGCCUGGCGGGCGACGCAUGGAGCGCGCUGAGCCCGGGCCACGCCUGCAGCGCCCCGCCGGCCCCGGCCCAGCCCUGCCCCGAGAGCGCGGCGCCCGGCCCGGCCCGGCCCGCGGAGAGCCCUGCGCGCCGACGGCAUGCGACUCCGCGAGCGCUCGCUGCGCCAGGACCCCGACCUGUGCCAGGAGCUGGCCUCGCUGGCCCGCGGCUGCGACUUCGUGCUGCCCUCUCGGUUCCAGAAGCGGCUGAAGGCCUUCCAGCAGGUUCAGACGCGGAAAGAAGAGCCUCUGCCCCCGGCCACGAGCCAAAGCAUUCCGACCUUCUACUUCCCCAGAGGACACCCGCAGGACUCCAUCAACGUGGAUGCCGUCAUCAGCAAGAUCGAGAGCACCUUCGCCCGGUUCCCCCACGAGAGGGCCACCAUGGACGACAUGGGCCUGGUGCACAAGAGUCUUGCUCUGUCACCCAAGCUGGAGUGCAAUGGCACCAUCUCACCUCACUGCAACCUCCACCUCCUGGGUUCAAGCAAUUCUCCUGCCUCAGCCUCCCGAGUAGCUGGGAUUACAGGCAUGCGCCACCACACCCGGCUAAUUUGUGUAUUUUUAGGAGAGACGGGGUUUCACCAUGUUGGCCAUGCUGGUCUCGAACUCUUGACCUCAGGUGAUCCACCCGCCUUGGCGUCUCAAAGUGCUGGGAUGACAGGCGUGAGCCACCGUGCCCGGCCACUGCCACCCACUUUUAGACCAUCGGAUCUCACAAGAACUCAGGAUUACGAGAGCAGCAAGGGGGCUGUCCACCCUCAUCACCCAGUCACCCCCCAGCAGAGCCCUGCUCCAACACUCAUGAUCACAGUUCCCCGUGAGACUUGGGUGGGGGCUCCGAGCCAAAGCCCACCACUGGUUCAUGUGACCCCGAAGACUCCUCCGGCUCCGCGAUGUCACUCGCUCACGUAGCUCGGCAGUGUUUUCACAUCUUUACAUGUCUGCAGAUUGUCCUCUUGUCCCGUCACCCGCCGAGAAACGCGUGCUGAACUUGCUGGCCAUGGUUGUGGCGUCCUCCUUUGUCCUCUCACACCCGUUGGUCGGUGUCGGCGUGCCCUGUGCGAGUGUAGACGCUCGGGACUUUGUCCACCUCGUGAGUCCCCGCUCAGCAGCACCAUCACGUGGGCCUUGGGGCCGGUGGUGUUUCCUGCUCAGGGAGCUACUCUGAGGUCAGCAGAGCCAUAAUGGAAUAGGGUUCAGCAGUACACGGGCAGACGAUCCACACAGAGCAAGGUGUGUGAGUCCCACACGCGCGUGCUGAGCAAGGGAAGCCAGGUCUAAAAGUCCGCAGAUGGCCGGGUCCCGUUGCCGUGUCCUGGAAAAGGUGAACCGGAGCCACGGGGAGGAGGCCUGGGGGCCGUCGCCGUAGUGGACUGCGGAGGGCCGGAAGGGACUGUCAGGGCUGGCGGCCUCGUUCCCUGUCCUGGCCGUGCGGGUGGGCGUGCCGCUGCGUUGCCGGGCCCCACAAGGAGUUGGUCUUUCUGUGUGUCGAUCACGAAAAGACUUUUAAAAGUCAGAUCAGGGUAUCUGAUGUUUUAUUCCCUUUCUGAUAAGGAUUUUGUAACAUUCAGGUAAAACUGCUUUCCUUUGUAUCGUUUGCAUUUUAGAGUUGAUUAUCUCCAUUUACUUUAGGAUUAUUUUAAAUUAUUAGCUAAUUCAUUUGGAGGUAAUUUUUGGGUUUGGUGUGGUGGGGGGACUGUGUGCCCAGCACUCUCCCACUCAGUUCUCAUCCCCCAGACGCCGGGGGUGCAGCUGUCUCUGGUUGCAGUGUCAUCCCUGUAGUCCUAGCACUUUGAGAGGCCAAGGCGGGAGGAUGGCUUGCGGCCAAGGGUUCCAGACCAGCCUCGGCAACAUAGUGAGACUUCAUUGUAGAAAUUUAAAAAAUUACCCAGGCAUGAUAGCGCGCACCUGUGGUCCCAGCUACUUGGGAGGCUAAGGUGGGAGGAUUGCUUGAGCCCGUGAAGUUGAGACUGCACUGAGCUGUGAUCACACACUGCACUCCAGCCUGGGCAACAGCAAGACCGUGUCUGGAAAAACAAGUAAAAUAAAAAAUGGAUCACGCUGUGAUCACACACUGCACUCCAGCCUGGGCAACAGCAAGACCGUGUCUGGAAAAACAAGUAAAAUAAAAAAUGGAUCACGCUGUGAUCACACACUGCACUCCAGCUUGUAGGUCUGGACACAUUAGACGCUAGCCUGUAGGGCUGGAUAGAUUUGAUGCUCCAUCCCUGCCACUGGGUCAUUACGGUGUGUCUUGCACAUGGUGAGGAGCACAGAUGUGAAGGCUCACACAUCCCCCCAUCCCUGGGUGUUGAGCGCUUGGGGUUUGAAACCUGCAUAGCCUGUGAGCCAGAAUGGUCUCAUGAGGUCAAAAGCAUGGGACUAGCACCAGCCCGAGGGCCCGGUGCUGCACCCAGCUCGUUCCCUCCCACCGCACCGGGACGCCCUUCCAGGUGGCCAGGGCUGAGCUCCGUCAGGAUCCUCAUCACGGGAGCCGGCACGUGCCUGUGCGUCCUGCAGGGCCUGGCCCCUCCAGCUGCACAGGUGCGCCAGCCGGAGAGCGUCCUUUCCCAUAGCUGCACUGCAAUCCCUGCUGUGGCGCGCAGCCCCCUCCGCAGUCCCCCACGCCCCCCGUGGUCACUCCCGCCCUGCACCUGUCAGGACGACUCUACCACAGUUUAUUCCUCUAGUCCCUGCUCUCACGUCCGGCUCCUCUCGCCUGGGGCACCGUGAACCAAGCAGCCGACAUCCCCAUCCGUGCAGGCUCUCACGGGCACAGGCCCUCUUCCCACUGGUGUGCUUCUGGGAGGACGGAUGCCCUGGCCGGGCCACGGGGCUUUAUGCUCAGCCACCCCGUGGGCCGCUUUCCCGGCAGUUGCGCGGCGUCCCAGUUCCCCCAGCAACGCGGAGGACGCCCAGCUGCCUGGCAGCCUCGCGGGGCCUGGCGUCUUCAGUCCUUUUUGUCUCAGCCGCGCGUGUCAUGUUCUUGUUGCCACCUCUCCGUGCCCCGUGAACCCUGCCCUCGCCAGCGCCAGUGCUGGGCGCUUCCCUUUGUCUACGGCCGCCGUGCACCCCUCUCCAGAGGGCAGCGCAUGUCCAGACUCGGUCGUGUUCGGGCCUGUUUCUCACUGAUGCUUAAAAUUCUGCCUCUGAGUCCCUCGUCAGAAUCUCGCCUUGCAGAGACAUUUCUCCCUCUGUGUCAUGUCCUGUCAUGGUGUUCACCGUGCUGGUAGCUGACCCUGAGUCCUGCGCUGGGGCGGUGCAGCGGGCCGCUCUCUUCCUUCAGGGAGUGCAUGUGUGUCCCGUGAAAGAAACCUUGGCCGCGGCAGAGCCGUGCAGCAUCCCUCGUUUCCUUCCAGGAAGGCCGCUGUUUGGCCUUUCACCCUUCGGGCUGGGAUCCCCUGGUAUUCAGUUUGUGUGAAGUGUGUUUGCCUGUGGAUAUUCCACGGGGCUCUGUCCUAACUCACUUCCUUCCCUUGCUC